AUGGAAGAAGGAAGCACUGUAGCAGUAUUGAUGCCAAAUAUUGGGGAACAGGAAGCUGUGCUGAUUUCUGAAACAGCCAUUGGCCCAACACUGCAGAACAGUGAAGAUCAGAGAAAAUGUAAAACUGAUCCACUAAUCCAUGUUAUCCAGAAACUAAGCAAAAUAGUUGAAAGCGAGAAGUCACAAAGAUGCCUUUUAAUAGGGAAAAAACGGUCCCAUCCUAAUGCUUCUGCACAGUCCUGUGACGCAGAGGAUCUUUGUGAAAUCCCAGCUAAAGCAAUUGAGCUAUCUGUUAUUGCUACUAAAAAGACUGAAGAGUUACAAGCAGAUUAUUUUGUGACUGAAUGUCUUCCACAAAGCAGAAAAAAGGUGACAUGCUACCAGUGUAGUCUCUGUAAGUUUCUAUCACCUUCUCUCUUAACACUACAAGAACACAUAAAACAACAUGGACAGAAAAAUGAAGUGAUAUUAAUGUGCUCAGAAUGUCAUUUUGCUUCCAAAAGCCAAGAAGAACUUGAAUCCCACUUCCAAAAUUACCAUGAGAAUGAUGGUAAAAGUAGCAUCCAGACAAAAGUGCAGCAAUGUGUAAAUGUUACAAGUUCAUUUUUGCAAGGGCCAGUGGAAGGAAGUGUCAAAUCAGGGACUGAUCAGACAGGAAAUCUGGAAUGUAAAGAUAUAACUCAGUCUUCUCAUAUGCCUGAAAUGGGUAGGAGAAAAUGGUAUACUUAUGAGCAGUAUGGCAUGUACCGGUGUUUAAUUUGUCGGUACACCUGUGGACAGCAGAGAAUGUUGAAAACACACGCUUGGAAACACGCAGGCGAGGUUGAUUGCUCCUAUCCUAUAUUUGAGGAAGAAAACGAAACCACCAGCUUGUCAGAGACAGUUGUAACUCACACACCUCACAGUGUGGAUACAGUUGUUCUUUCUUUGGAAAACAAUGAACUUGAUACCCAUAGUGAACCUUCUCUUCAACUUCAGAUUUGCAAUUCUGAGCAACUGUCAUGUAAAUCGCCAGUAGAAACAAAUGUAAAAGAGGAAGAGACAUUAAAUCAGUCUGUAGUGCAUUCUCCUUCUACAGAGGUUUUAGAGGAGACUGUAUCAGAUACAGAACAGGAUAGUAUGAUAGCUGAUAGCCUACUUUCAUCAGCACAGAAAAUCAUCAAUUGUAGUCCAAAUAAAAAAGGUCACGUCAAUGUAAUAGUAGAGCGUUUGCCAGGUGCUGAAGAAAGUGUCUUGCAAAAGCCUUUCUUGAUGAACACUGACAUAGAAAGAGAGAAAAAAAUAAUCUCAGAGGAGUCCCAUGUUACCUGUGAAGAACCUGAUGAAGUUUAUCGUUCAGAUGCAAUUCAAGAAGUAAUAAUAGGAUGGAAUAAUACUGAGAAGAAAGAUAAUGAAUUAAACUCCAAUAAAAACUUACCAACUGAUGAAAAUGUGCCUCCUGCACGAAGAAGGACAAAUUCAGAGUCUUUACGACUACACUCAUUAGCUGCAGAAGCUCUUGUUACAAUGCCUAUCAGAGCUGCAGAACUAACAAGGUCUAACUUCAGGACCCUGACUGGAGAAGAUGCCAUGGAUGCAGGUGUAGGGUUGCAGGUUGAAGCUGAUGGCCCAUGCCUGGCUCAUUCUAAAGUGGUAUCCUCACUUCAGAAUCCUUCAGAGGAGUUUAGUGGCUUAAACCAAAGUGAAUGUGCAAUAGUUGAGAUACAGAAAGAAAGGCCAGAGUUAUCAGAAGCACCAAUUAAAAUGGGCAUCAGUAUGUCACUACUCACUGUCAUUGAAAAACUGAAGGAGAGGACAGAUCAGAAUGCUUCUGAUGAUGACAUUUUGAAAGAAUUACAAGACAACGCACAAUGCCAAAAUGCAAAUGAUGCAAAUAUUCCUGGAAGUAACCUAGUAGAAUAUAUACCUAAUGUGGAUCGACCCUACCGCUGCCGCCUCUGCCAUUAUAGCAGUGGUAAUAAGGGCUACAUAAAACAGCACUUGAGAGUCCAUCUGAGCCAGCCGUACCAGUGUCCUAUCUGUGAACACAUUGCUGACAAUAGUAAGGAUUUAGAGAGCCACAUGAUCAACCACUGCAAAACAAGAAUGUAUCAGUGCAAGCAGUGUGAAGAAUCCUUUCAUUAUAAGAGCCAACUGCGAAAUCAUGAAAGAGAACAGCACAGUCUUCCAGAUAUCUUUUCAACAGCUACAUCUAACAAACUACUAGUUUCCAACGAAGCAGAGGAAAGAGAAGGAAGUAAGUCUUCAGUUCAGAAACUGUAUAGAUGUGAUGUUUGUGAAUACACAAGCACGACUUACGUUGGUGUACGGAAUCACAGGCGAAUUCAUAACUCCGAUAAGCCAUACAGAUGUUCUCUCUGUGGAUAUGUAUGUAGCCAUCCUCCAUCCCUGAAGUCCCACAUGUGGAAACACGCAAGUGACCAAAAUUAUAACUAUGAACAAGUGAACAAGGCUAUUAAUGAUGCAAUUUCGCAAAGCAGCAGGUUUCAAGGACAGCUUCCUGACAAAACCUUAUUAGAAGACACAGAUGAAAGUGCAGUACCUGUACUAGGAUGUUCAGACAACUUGGUGUCUUUUGCAGAAUCUAUUAACCAGACUACGAAUGAAACUUCAGCUUCUGAUGAAAAUGAAAAACCUAACGUGAUGAAUACCUCAUGCAGUUUAGAAAAGAACUCCACUCUACCCCAUCUUGGCACAGAAUACUGUGUUCUUCUCUUCUGCUGCUGCAUUUGUGGUUUUGAGUCUACCAACAAAGAAAAUCUGCUCGAUCAUAUGAAAGAACAUGAGGGUGAAAUCAUAAACAUAAUUCUAAAUAAGGACAACAGCACAACUCAGAGCACAAACUAG